AUGACCGCACAAAUCCCUAGCGUCCAAACAGCGGCUCUUAUCAAGAAUCCUGGUUCAAAUGCACGGAUAGACAUCCGCUAUGACUAUCCUGUUCCGCAGCCUGGGAAAAAUGAAGUCUUACUGAAGAUGGAAUGCUCGGGAAUCUGCUAUUCAGAUAUUUACGUAUAUACGGGAAACAACCCCCAUUACGACGAAGUUCCCUGUCAUGAAGGAAUCGGCCAAGUUGUGCAGCUUGGUCCCGGCGCUGCGGAUACUCUUCUUGGUCAGAGAGUUGGCCUUGGAUGGAUUUACAGUGUGUGCGGCCAAUGUUACAAUUGCGAAGCAGGUCUUGAUAACUGGUGCAUAAACCAACUCAAUACCGGCACUGAUAGACCAGGAACUAUGCAGCAGUAUGUUGUCGCAAAUGCCGAUUACUUGAUGCCUAUUCCAGAUGAAUUAUCAUCAUUCCACGCCGCCCCGUUUCUCUGCGGUGGCAUCACCAUGGUCGGGGCCUUAUCCCUAUCUGACGAUGCUCUUGCGGAUGGUGACACUUUGGUGAUCUCUGGAUCAGGAGGCGGUUUAGGGCACUUGGGACUUCAACUUGCCUCUAACAUGAAGAUCCACAAGCGGUUAAACAUAAUAGCAAUCGACACCGGAUCGGCUAAGCAAAAACUCAGCCUCGAACUUGGAGCAGACGCCUUUAUCGACUUCAAGACGGAGGAUGUUAUCAAAAGGGUGAUGGAAUUGACAAAUGGCAAAGGUGCCGACGUGGCUAUAGUUGUCCCAGCAGCAACUGAAGCCUUUGACCAGGCACUGAAGUAUCUGAAAUUUACUGGAACGAUGGUCUGUGCCGGUAUUACCAGAAUGGAUUAUCGCCUCCCAAUGUCUCCUACUGAGCUCGAAUAUAAGGGUUUGGUUAUUAAAGCUUGCCAUGUAGGGUCUGAAAAACAGCUCAAAGACUUGCUCAUCUCAGCUAGCAAGAAAGAGGUGGUCCCAAAAGUUGAAGUAUUUGAGUUUUCGAAAACGGGAGAGCUGUUCGAACGAGUGAAGCGCGGUGACAUUGUCGGCCGGUUUGUUGUCAAAAUACCUCAGUAA